UUGCCUGCUUCGACUGCUAACUGAACAACAAGGCCAAGUGUAGGGGAAUAGAAGCUGUUGUUUCGUUCAGGGCUAUGGCCAAUCAAGAGUUUAAUAUUAGACUUGAGGGUGGUGGGCCAUGGGGCUUUCGGCUGACUGGAGGAAAAGAUUUCUGUUCGCCAUUGACUGUGAGCAAGAUAACUCCUGGUGGUAAAGCCUCGUAUAAUGGCCUUAGAGAAGGCGACACUAUCGUGUCUAUUAACUAUGAAGACACAAGGAAUAUGUCUCACAUGGACGCCCAGGACGCCAUUAAAAACACAGGGAACACUCUUGAUCUGAGCGUUUUGCGGGGUGACAAUCCACAAAAAGGCCGUGCACCAUUAACAAAAACAGAAGUGGUUCAUUCAGCUAAAGUUGACCACAAGUACAAUGCCAUUCCAAAACCAUUUGGUGCACCAGCUUACCAACCACCCAAGCAAUCACCCGGUGUUCAAAGUGCACCAUCUGUAAGAACUGGACCACCUCCUACUGCACCCAAACCAUCUUCACCCAUGGCUCCAGCAUAUUCACAUUACACAGGAGGGCCUGCACGCAGUACAAAUCCACAUGAUCAAACAGACUACAAUUCUGAUGCUGCAUUGAGAGCCAAGAAGAAAGAGAUUGAAGAAGAAAUGUUAUCUCAACGAUUUAAACUGGCAAUUUCUGAUGAUGGAGAAGUCAAUUAUGACGAAGAAACUCAAGUUCCUAACUGGGGCAACCCACCUGACCCUAAUGUWCAAUCGAAAAGUUUUAAAAUGCUGCAAAGGCAUUUGCAGAAGCAUGAAGAUGAUGAUGAUCUACCACCACCACCUCCAGAAGCAUACGAGCCUGAAGAUGAUCACAGAAAUAUUCAGUCAAAAUCGUUUCAAAUGUUACAAUCUGCUGUUGAUUCAGGAGAAACCCCUCCAAGUGUGUUUAGCCGUGAUCGUGGUGAUAGACCAAAACCGUCAACAACACCAAUGCCAACGCGACCUGUUAUGCCUAUCCAGAAAUCGCAACCAGAAUACUCCUCACCACCCCCACCAUCAAGACCUGGCCAAGCACCACCAGUAGCAUUACCUGGAAUGGCCAUCAAGGAGCCAUCAUCAGGGCCUAAUUUUAAAACACAGCGCCCUCAUGCACCAUCAUAUAAUCAUCACAAUGUUCCCUCCGCACCCAACGCACCUAGAGCUCCUCCUGGACCUACUCCGAGCCAUCAAGAAAUUAAGCGYCAGCCAAUUAAACCACCUCAACCUGCUGAUGGCUCACGUACUCCUUACUGUGAUGCAUGUGGGGAAGAAAUUUUUGGACCUUUCGUGAGUGCAAUUGGACGAUCUUGGCAUCCAGACCAUUUCACGUGUGCAGGAUGUGGUGAUUCAUUGCAGAGUCAAGGUUUUGUGGAGGAAGGAGGCAAGCUGUACUGCGAGAAGUGCUACAAUAGACACUUUGCUCCUCAAUGUCACUCCUGUAAACAGCCCAUCAUUGGACCUAAGAGUCUGCAUGCUUGCGUCCCCCCUAAAAAUCCCAAGCCGUCCGUCGCCGCACCAUCAGCAGACAUGUUGAAAGCGAUACGACAAGGACAACCAACAACUAAAAUACCCAAACAACCUAAAGUUAAUCCAUCUUUAUCUGUCAAGAAGAGAAGUCAUUCGGAUCAUGACUAUGGCAAGGUCCAUUAUCCUGUACAUGGUAUUGAUUACAUGACCAGAAGAGAAGAGAGUCAUUCCAGGUCAUCGUCAGUGUCAAGUGACCAUACGAUGAGAAGCGACAGUCGAAGCUCCGUUGAUCAAGACCCACUUGUCUCACCUAACACUAUACAAACCUUUGAACGUUUACACCACGAGAUGACAUACACUGAGCCAGGGACUGGGUCCAUGCGAGACAAAGUCAUUGAAUUAAAGAAAGAACUCCACAAAGCAGAAGAAGAAGAGAGAGUCGCCAGGGAAUCGAGAAUUCUCGCCAACCAACGAUAUAAGAAGAGCARGAUGCAGACAAGCGAGUUAAAGGCAAAAAUCCAGGAUGGAGAAGAUAAGUUGCAAAGACUGGAAAUCAAACUGCAACAGGCCAGAGGAAAGCUUUAUGAGCGCCAGCGCCUUGUCGAAGAGUCCCUUGGCAAUAAACGGAGAGCAGAGAAUGUCACUAGACAGACAGUCCGAGACAAGGAAAUGUUCGAAUAUGAAAUUACAGAAGCUAACGCAGCACGCGACUCGGCGCUGACACGUCUCCGAGAACUAUCGCGACAACUGACAAUCAAACAAGCUGCCAUUCAUAAUGCACAGGAUCAUGCACACGCCAUGAAUGCCAGGGCAAAGAUGCUUAACGACAUGAAGGAAAUGUACAGACUUCGCAUCAACAACAUCCACUCAAAGUCCUCUAACUUGUCUACGAAGAACGCAAAGUACGCACAACGCAUUAAUCUACUACAAGACUCCAUCGCUUCGUACACCGAAAGAUUCAAACGAGCUGAGAAGAUGUUGCUUCCGCUGAAGAUGUACGCUAAUCAAUUAGAAGACGCCAUAGGAAAAGAGAGAGCCAACACGACACGUAUUUCUUAUGACCUAACAGCCUGUCAACAACGUCUACGUGGUGCACAGAUGUACAGUGAUCUAUAGCCAUAUUGCAUGYGAAGUAAUAUCUGAUCAUUCAAAUACUUAUGGUCAGCGGGUAUCAAUAGUCUUGAUAGCUGUCAUGAUCGUUUCAUAUUGUAUUGCAAACAAGCAUCAGAAAAAAUCUGAUCUGUUUUYGUUAGCUUCUUCUCAAGGCUCGGUGACGGUUCCAGAAAAUCAGAAGAAUAUCACCCAAGAAAAUAGAUAGUUCUAGGGUUUUGGAAAGUUGAUUUCUCUUUCAGAUGAACGCUGCUUUAGUUGCUUUUCGCAUCAAGUCCCAUUUAGAUGCAGUUUCUAAUUUUAUCUACUUAUAUCAUAAUUCCUAUGUUUCUAGUUUUGAACUAUAGAAUGGGGGAUGGCUAUUGUAGCCAAGCUAAUCAUCCCCCAAUAGAUCCGCCCUUUUAUCGCGAUUUUGAAACCUGAGAAGACUGUUGUGGAAGAGGCUACCUUUGCGGUGACCGCUCGGUGUCUGUAGAACGUCUUGAUCUGACGCAAGUUUAUAAUUUAACUCCUCGUGUUCUUAGGGAGAAUUGAAUCGGGAACCGAUUGUUUUUUAGGCGAGUGCCAUGACCAAUUCAAAUUGGACUUAUCAAUUUGAUUUAACCAUAAAAAAAAAUAAUGCGCCAAAGUUUCAUAGAUUUCCACUUGCUUUAACCUUCCUUAUUACAAAGUGAACAUCUAGCCUAUAGAUUAUUACUUGGAAAUGAACAUCUAGCCUAUAGAUUAUUACUUGGAAAUGAACAUCUAGCCUAUAGAUUAUUACUUGGAAAUAGUCUCGCAUGCAAGCAUUACCUUUGUUUGAACAUUGGUGUAUGCAUGUCAAAGAAUUAUAUUUUCCUAAAUCUGGAUAGUUUUGAUACAUCAGUGAACUGUUAGUAGAUGUAACUAUUUUUGUAGUAUAUAGAUACAAAUAUUGUUAUUUUCAGAAUACGAAAAGUUGAUCUUUUUGUGGAACCAACUUGGACGUAAUUCGGCGCAGCGAAUCAAAACUAUCAAGAGAAUUUACAAAUCAUAGAUUGCUUCAGCGUUUGCCGUGAACAGUCUGAAAUAUAGUCAAUAACGUUUUUUUAUUGACUUGUUCAUUGUCAGCCCUUUAUUUACCAUUUCUCAUUCUGAUUGAGCGAAUGCUUUCUUGAAGGCGUUAACUUUAGGUUAACAGCGCAAGGCGCAAACGUGUCACCAGAUUUAUUGUAUCUCUAGCCUGCGUGGCGGCUCCCCCCUCCCCUAGAGCCGCCAAGCAGGCUAUUGUAUCGUCCUAGUGGGGAAAUCUCACAAAGUGCCAUGGUUCCUCUUCGGAAAUCCUAAAAAUUACCGCUGAUAGGCAUCUGCAUCGUAAUGAUGAUGGGCGUACACCGAUAAAUAAUAAAUAAAUAAAUAAAUAACUUUAUUU